CUCAUACCGGAUCAAUAGCAGCAGGAAACCAAGUAAUGGAUAAAAGCUUUUAUGGGUUGGCACAGGGUACUGCUAGAGGAGGAGUGCCCUCUGCCAGAAUUGCCACAUAUAGUCUGUCAUCCUCCCUUAGGUUGCAAUGAUAUAGACAUCUUGGCUGCUUUUGACGAUGCUAUUGCAGAUGGGGUUGACAUUAUUUCCAUCUCAAUAGGAUUGGAUUCUACAGAUAAGUUCCAUGAAGAUACCACUGCUAUUGGUGCAUUUCAUGCCAUGAAGAAUGGGCUACUGACUGUUAAAUCUGCAGAGAAUGCUGGUCCAGGACAAGGUAUCACAGUAAGCUUGGCACCAUGGCUACUUAGUGUAGCAGAAAGCAGCACAGAUCAUCGAAUUUUGGACAAAGUUGUUCUUGGGGAUAGAAAUAAUACUACACUGGUUGGAGAUUUCGUAAAUUCUUUCACAUUAAUGGCAAAAAGUUGCCUUUAUAUUUGGAAAGGAUGCUUCAACCAGUGUUCUUCAGGUAGUGUUGGUAAAUAUUUGGAUGAUGUGUGCUUGGACAGUAGUUUAGUGUAGGGAAAGAUUGUGGCCUGCCCGUUUCCUAGUGGAACUCUUGAGGCUUAUACAGCCGCGGCAGCAAAUGAGAAUGUUUCUUUUUCGCUCCCAAUGCUGGCUUGCAUAUUUCAUAUUUUUGACUAUGAAUUUAUGACAGACUACAUGAAUUCAACUAAAAAUCCAGUAGGAGAGAUUCUAAGAUAGUGAAGAAAUUAAAGAUACCAGUGCUCUUUUUAUUCCUAAGUUCUCUUCACGGGGUCCAAAUGCUAUCAUACCCGAGAUUCUAAAGCCUGAUAUAAGUGCACCAAGGGUAGAAAUACUAGCUGCAUAUUGACCUAUUGUGUCACCUUCUGUUAGCCCAGAAGACAAAAGGUCUGUCAAAUAUAAUAUAAAAUCAGGGACUUCCAUGGCAUGCCAUCAUGUUUCUGGAGCUGCUGCAUACAUCAAAAGUUUCCAUCCUGAUUGGUCUCUUCCGCCAUUAAAUCUGCUCUCAUGACCACUGCUUUGCCCAUGAAUGGUACAAGUGCAUUUAUAGCAAGAGUAUGAAUCAGGAGUUGGGUUUCUCAAUCCAGAACAAGCUGUUUCAUGUGAUAAUGUUUACUCCUUUUUUUUUCUUUUUGGUUUAUUUUACAAUUUUUAUUUUUUUUAGUCCUUAGUUUCAUUUUUCUCCCCUCAGGUUAGUGUAUAAUAAAGCUGCUAUUUUGACAGCCGCUUGCUUAUCCCAUAUAAAGCUGUCAUUUUGACAAUUCCAGCUAACCCAAUCCAGGACUUAUAAGA